ACUGGUACACUUAACACACCCAUGGCAUGGUGACGCGGCCCGCGUUCCUAUCUUGACAUAGUCAUCAAUCGAGUGUGAUUUAUAUACUGGGACCCCGCCAGUCGACGUCAGUAUCACAACAAAACUUCAGCUACAUACUCCAACGCAGUACUACACAUCCUCAAAAACCAAAAUGUCUCUCCCAACGGUCACCGUCCGCGAGCUGUCCGACGCGACCCAGGACAACACUCUUGGACCCAGCACCAAGAAGGUAGUAGAAGGUCUUCUCAACGACUACAUGGACCUUCAGUACGGCAAGGAGACCCCUUACACGACAGGGAAGCAAGUCAUUCCCUCUGGAGCAACCCUCGAAGACGUGGAGAAGUCAGUAGGAGACGAGAGUGUCUCCAAGAAGUUCCACGAUAUCUUCUCCACCAUCGAAAAGACUGCCAAGAGUGGGGAUCUGACUCCUCUGUCCCCCAAUGAUGGGACCUGGGACCCCAAAUUGAAGCCCGUCUUAGUCCUCAUCACCCCCAACCCCUAGAUUAAGUUGAGAAUCUGUAUUAUUUAUUUAUUUAUAUUUUAUGCUUUUUUUUUUCUUGAGUUUCGUAAUGAUUUAUUAAAGUAAUUUAAUUGUA